GGCGGCGGAGGAGGCGGCGGCCACGUCUGCCGCGGCGCUCGAGGAGCCCGAGGUGCCCUCGCCGGCGCCCAGCGCGGCCAGCGCGCCAGGCAGGCCGCGACGCACGGGGAGGGGCGGGGCCGCGGGCCAGCAGCCCGCCGACGCGAUGGUCGCCACCGGGUCCCACGCCGCGCGCCUGGACCUGCUCGCCCGGCGCGUCGACCAGGUGCUGCUGCCCCAGCUCGCGGAGCUGGACGACCGGAUGGACCGAAUGGUGUCGGAUCUCAGGGACACCAAGAAGGCCUCGGAGGCGAGGUUUGAGGCCAAGGCCGACAGGGUGCUGGUCCAGGGCCUCGCCAGCAGGGUGGCCGUCCUCGACGUCUUCGACCCCGCCGGUCUGCAGUCGAGGGUGUCGUCGGCAGAGAGCUCAGUGCAGCUCCUCGAGCAGCUCCAUGACAGGGUCGCGCUGCACGUGCGGAAGUUGGAGUCAACCGCCAUGAGCAAGAGCGACAUGACGGCGCUCUGGCAGGAGAUCUCUGGACUCAGGGUCGAGGCGCAGAAGAUGCAGAAGAGUGUCCAGGAUGUGUCGGCCAACUCCUUCAACGUCGCCCAGAAAGUGUCCAUAAAGGUGGAGAACGUGUCCAAGAAGUUCGAGGCGGAGGUGAAAGAGCUGCGGGCAGAAAAGGCCUCGGACAAGGACCUGGGCGAGGUGUCGGAGAAGGUGAGGGCGCUGGAGAUCGCAGUCAAGAGCAGCGCGAAGGCCUUGAGUCAAAGCUGCGGCCCCGAGGUCAAUGCUGUCGUGAAGCGCAUCAUCCUGGGCAUGGAGGACAAGCUCAUGCUGCUCGAGAACAGGGUGCAGGCCCUGAUGGAGGGCGAAGGGGUCGGCGGCGACGCCGUAGCGGGUGCCGCUGCGUUGCAGGGCGUGCCCGCUGAGCUGAGCAAGAAGCUGUGGCAGGACGUCGAGCAGGCGACCGAGACGGUGCAGAAGCUGAAGCUGGACGUCGGGCUGAGCAAGGCGGACCUGCAGAGCGUGAGGGAGCAGCUUGCCCAGCACAUCGACAUCGCCCAGCGCAUAAAUGUCCUGGUGGAGAAGAUCGCCCCGGAGGAGACCGAGCCCGACACCAGCGCCAUGCUGACGCUCUCGCGGGUGCAGCUCAUGAUCGCGGCCGCCGCGCGCCAGCUGGUCGCGGGCAACAAGUGGGUCACCAAGGAGGCGUUCGACUACCGGAUGAGCGAGGUGCGGAGGGAGGUGCAGUCCAGCUCGAGGCAGCUGAUGGGCCAGGUCGAGGAGAUCGUGGCGGGCGCGGGGAAGGUCGGCGUCAUCGACGGAGCGCUGUCUGAGGCGAGGACGAGCCUGGAGGGCGUGAUGAGGCUGGUGGCGGCGGAGCGCCGGGCGGCGGCCGAGCGCGAAGAGGAGGCGGCGUCCCCGCCCGCCGCCGCGGCCCGGGGCGGGCUGCUCCCGAAGGUGGGCGACCUCAAGCGUGCGGGACCCCUCGUGGGCGGCGCGCUGCGCCUGCACUGCGUCGAGGAGCUCACGCCGCGCUCGGCGCGCGGCCCGGGGCGCGCCCGCAGGGCCGAGUGGCAGCACGCCGCCGGAGAGGCCGCCGUCCUGCCCUGGCCGGGCCGGUGAGCGGUGAUUCCUCGUCGUGCCGCCAGGCGUGUCGGUGGGGCGACCUGGGCGUUCAGCUUCCUCAUCAGGGCUGCCCUUGGCGCCCGAAGUGUGCACCAGCUGCACGAAUUGAGAGCGAGCGGUUUCCUAAAGCUGUCGACUUGGUGCCGCGCGUAUUCCCUCGACGAGUUUCCGUCGGUCGCCGAUUUUUUGCUCACCGCGUGGCCCUUACCUUCGCGCGGGCACAUCCAUUGUAAAAGCUCCACCGACCAAGCCACCCCAACCCAACCCGAAGGUGUCAAUUUGCCC